UCUCGAUUUCGAUAGCCCGAUAGCCACCACCUGAUAUUUAAGAACGAUACGAUAGAAGUUGCGGAAAAACGAAAAGGAAUAAAGGGAAAAACGUGAAAAACGUGAAAACCCUUUGAACAUGUCGAAAGCAGGCGAAGGUCAGCCCGCAGCGGAGGGAGCGGUAAUUGCAGGCAAUGGGAACGCUGAGGUGGCCCAAAACGAGGGGCAGGCCGAGGGCCAACCGCCCCAGAACCAGCCCAGCCGCAUGGAGUCCUUCUUCGCGAUGACCAAGUCCCUAAUCCUGCGCGCCCUGAUCAUUUACUUUGUGAGCUCCUUCUUCCGGCGCCCCGCUCCCGAGGCCGCCACGCAGGACAAAACUGCGGCGAACGCCGGGCCCAAGAUCACGGCCUGGAACUACUUCGAGAACGGCACGGACUUCGACCUGCACGUGUGGCUGUCGGAGCACCCCGACGUGGUCAACUUCCAGCAGAAGGGCAAUCUCCUCUGGCUGCAGGAGGACCUCACCUACGGCGACUGGACGUCGGGUGUGAAUGGCGAUGGCAUCUAUAGCCACAGCCUGAAGCUCAAGACCAGCCAGCAUCUGAUGAACAAUGGCAGCGUGUACCUCCACGCCUUCGUCACCCGUUCCGGCAUGAGUCCCGAUCCGCAGUCCCCCAAUUACGCCACCAACGGGCACAUGGGCCACCAGCAGCACCAGCUGAACAAGUUCAAGAAGCUGAAGGUGAACCGCAACUACAACCUGCUGGCCAGCGAGAAGGAGAAGCUGGAGCACGAGCUCAAGCAUGCGAAUCUCAAGGACACCGUUGUGUCCCACUGGCAUCCCAACCUGACGGUCAAUCUGGUGGUGGAUCAGACCAACUGGGCCCAGGGCUCUGUGCCGCCACCACUCGAUGAGUACGUGAAGUUCGUGGACGGCGGAAAGACCUAUCUGCCCAUCGUGUUCGUCAACGACUAUUGGAACCUGCAGCGGGAGUACCAGCCCAUCAAUGAAACCACCCCCGAGUUGGAGCUUCACCUCACCUUCCAGCCCCUGGGCAUGUUUAAGUGGCAGUUGUAUGCCGCCAAGCAGAUGAAGAACAAGUGGGCCGGCAACAUGCUGGGCGAGCUGAUGGCCGCCAGUCAGCCGGAGGAGAGCGACGAGGACCAGGACUCGCUGAAAGAGACGCUGCUGGACACCAACGUCUAUCUGCUGGGCAUCACCGUGGCCGUUUCCAUACUGCACUCGGUGUUCGAGCUGCUGGCCUUCAAGAACGACAUCCAGUUCUGGAACAACCGCAAGUCGCUGGAGGGACUGUCAGUGCGAUCCGUGUUCUUCGGCGUCUUUCAGUCGCUGAUUAUCCUGCUGUACGUGCUGGACAACGAGACCAACUUCAUGAUCCGCAUCUCCUGCGUCGUGGGCCUCGGCAUCGAGGUGUGGAAGAUCCACAAGGUGGUGGACAUCAACUACGACCACGACCAGAAGAUUCUGGGCGUGCUGCCGCGCAUCAGCUUCCAGGACAAGGGCUCUUACUCGGAGAGCUCGACCAAAGACUACGACAAGUUGGCCUUCAAGUACCUGGGCUGGGCCUGUUUCCCGCUGCUGGUGGCCUACUUCGUCUACUCCCUGAUCUACAACGAGCACAAGGGGUGGUACUCCUUUGUGCUCAACAUGCUCUACGGCUACUUGCUGACCUUCGGCUUCAUCCUGAUGACGCCGCAGCUGUUCAUCAACUACAAGCUGAAGUCGGUGGCCCACAUGCCGUGGCGCAUGAUGACCUACAAGUUCCUCAACACCUUCAUCGACGACAUCUUCGCGUUUGUCAUCAAGAUGCCCACCAUGUACCGGCUGGGCUGCUUCCGCGACGACAUCAUCUUCUUUGUGUUCCUCUACCAGCGCUGGCAGUACCGCGUCGAUCUCAAGCGUGUGAACGAGUUCGGCUUCUCCGGGGAGAUGGAGCAGCAGCAUGCCGCCAAGGUGGAGGGCCAGACUCCCAACGGGGCCAUCGAAGCUCCCGAAGCUGCGCCAGCGACCAAAAAGACAGCCGCACAAAAGAAGCAGGACUAGAAGGAGUGUGGGACUGUAGCCACAUUAUGCAUAAGCAUUAGAAGACGCAAUAGCCAUAUACUCCACCCCCAAUAUGUAUGUAAUCACUCUCCAGUAUACAUAGUCAAGUAACCCCGAUAGCAUCAUUUUUAGGGCUAAUUGUACGUACGUAUGUUUAUGUUUUUGUUUUCGUGCCCCUCGCGAUUCUUUUCGCAGCGUUGGAAGAUCAAAUAAAUUAAGUGUGAGAUGAUCCAAA